UGGUAGUCAGACAGUAAGAAUGGCUCCUCCUCUUCCUCUGAUCUUUCUGCUCAUGAUUCACGGUGUUUCUAGUGCUGACUGGGGUGUGAGUUACAGUCCUUCACACAUCUGUGCACUAAAGAACUCAUCAGUGAUAAUGAACUGCACUUAUACAUACCCUACUGGACAUCAGAUCAUGAGAGUCUUCUGGACAAAAACACUGGUAAAAGAUAAUGGAGAGUUUCCAGAUCUGUCUGAGGACCCUGAAUACAGUCAGAGGCUUCAGUAUCUGGGAGAUAAACAGCAGAACUGCACCAUCAGACUGAGUCAUGUGACACUGGAGGAUUCACACAAGUACUAUUUCAGAUUCACCACUAAUAAACAGAAGAUAUGGAUCUUCACUGAUGAAGAAAAAUGGCUGGGUAAACCAGGAGUGACUCUUAAUGUUACAGAUCUUCAGGUGGAGUCUCCUGAGAGAGUGACAGAGGGACAUUCAGUCCGUCUGACAUGUAAAAGCAGCUGCACUCUGACUGACAGAGCAACAUUCAUCUGGUACAGAAACUCACAGCCAUUAACUGAGAGAAGAGACAGAAACAAUGAACUCCUGCUGCAGUCAGUCAGAAGAGAGGAUGCAGGCAGAUAUAGCUGUGCUGUACACGGACACAAUCACAUCUCUCCUGCUGUUGAGCUCAAUGUCAUGUAUGCACCUAACAACGUCUCAGUGUCCAUCAGUCCAUCUGGUGAAAUAGUGUCAGGAGAUUCAGUGACUCUGAACUGCAGCAGUGAUUCAAACCCUCCUGCUCUGAACUUCAGCUGGUUUAAAGGAGAAACAUUUGUUGGAUCUGGAAGAAUCUACAGAAUCUCAAAGAUCAGCUCUGAUGACAGUGAAAAAUACAAGUGCAAGUCCAUCAAUGAACAUGGAGAGAAAUACUCUGAUAAUGUGACUUUAAAUGUCAUGUACCCACCCAGGAACGUCUCUGUGCUCAUCAUUCAGUCUGGUCAGAUUUGGGCGAGAGAUUCAGUGACUCUGAUCUGCAGCAGUGAUUCAAACCCUCCUGCUCUGAACUUCAGCUGGUUUAAGGAGAAUGAAAGCUCAGCUGUUGGAUCUGGACAGAGUUUCAGUGCACUACAGAGUGGACGCUUCUACUGUCAGGCUCACAAUCAACAUGGAUCUCAGAGAUCAGACGCUGUAACUGUGACUGUUAAAGUUGCAGGACAUGUGGUAAUAUUAUACAUAUCCACUGGAGUGGUUUGUGGAGCUGCAGUGAUCAUCAUGAUGCUGAUUUGGGGAAUCAGGUGUAUGAAAAAGAGAAAUGACACACAGGAGUCUCAGGCUGCUCAACUCGGCUCUGAACUCAUCUGUGUAUGAAAAUCUUCCACCUAACAAAAAGAGGCUGUAAUAUUUUGAACACACAGCAAAUACAUUACAGACUUUAUGCACCUCUUUGUGGGUGAGGCCCUGAAUGAUUGACAGGAGUGUCGUGAUGACCUGUGACUGAAGUAAUUUGGGGAUCAUUUUAUAGAUGGAUGGUUGAAAAUGGAAGUAAACGGUUAAUGAAUUGAUAUAAAAGUGUUUUUUGUUGUUGUUGUUGUUUGUUUUGGUUUUUUUUAUCACGUAUGGAGCUUACAUUAUUAAUGUUUUUAACCUUUAGUAUCAGUAUUGAUCAUGUUUCAAAUGAAAUGCAGAAAAAAUAAGGCUCUAGUUGUACGAUUCCACAAUUUUCUGUCAUUAAAUACAUCAGAAUAACAGCAUAACAAAUAUUAAAGAGCAUUACAUUUAGAGUUUGCUAGAGAAAAACAAACUAUUUAGUAAAAUUAUUAAUAUAAUAAUUAUAAUACUAAACAAAAUUACACUGCCGCAAUCUUGCUGUAGAUCGGAACAACCACAUUUCAAUAAACAAGUCCUUAAUAUAGCAACUUACGUUUCAACUUGAAGUUCGUCCAUAUUCUUCCUCCAACGACGACGAUGACGGUUAGUCACUCCAACAGUGAGUGACUAACCGAAACACAGGCUGAAAGCUGGACCGGAAUAAUAUAAAUUGGUGGAGCGGAGCAACAGACAUUCUCCUCCCAGUUCAAAGCGUCAUGUAAUCCGCCGUUCGAGCUCCACUUCGGGUUUUCAAUCACAAGCUCGGAGCGAUUCUGCAGACGGAAACGCAGGCGAAAUGACUUUAAAAAAACGUGUUUCCUACAAACACGAGUUGACAUUAGCUUAUUUGUUGUAUACGGUGUUAUUGUGUGCAACAGAUCAAUACUGAUGUGUUUGACCGCUGAAUGUUGCAACUGACCAACCAGAAUCAAGUAUUUGAGCGAGCUGUGUAAUAAUAAAAUACAGAAGACGAACUGGCCAUUUUGAAUCUGUAGACAAAACCUGUACAUAAAAAUCCACAAGAAUAAGCAAAAUACUUAACGUAAUAAACUUUAUCUUUUCUGCAUUUCACUGUAUUAUGCAUUGUGGCUCUAUAUGACACAUAUGUUGAAUGAUGGUAAAUAUUUAAAUGUCAAUAUUUAAAUGUCAUUUAGAAGUCAAAUUGUAUCCAGAUUCUAGAGAUUCAGAUAUUAUGUAAAUGAAUAAUUACCUAAUAAAAAUAUCAUUGCAAGAACA